GUAGCUAUGUUAGUUAGUGACAUGACGACAUGUCAGUGACAUAUAUCAAUAUAUAACUAGACCUACUUAUUUCCUAUAAAACACUGCGAUAUCAGCCCGAGGUAGAAGCGAACGUUAACCUCAGCCAGUGAACCAACCGUAUAAAACACGGGGUCUUGAAUAUACGAGUUAACUUGAUUAAGUUGGAUUAAAACAUCAAGUCGUUCGGAUUUACAAAUCUAAAAAAACAAGAAAAGGAUAUUUAAAGUAAAAUGGCUUCUAAAUAUUCGCCAGAAAAUGGCGGAAGUGUUACAGGAAGUAAAAAUAUUUUGGUAGCCUCACCAGAGACGAUAAGAUUUGAAGAAGGUGGUUGGUGCAGUAGACGAUCGACUCUAGAGAAAUGGUUGAUGUGUAUCAUAUUUCUAGCUUGUGCCGCCAUCAUUGGUCUUGUUAUAGCGUUUGUAAUUAAUACAAAACCUCAAUCAACAUCAACAACCCCGUCCUCAGCAUCGUCAUCAGCAGAUGGUGUGUGUUUGACGCCGGACUGUAUACGUGUAGCUACCCGGAUAGUUGAUGCUAUAGACUCUACCAUCAAGCCGUGUGACGAUUUCUACAGUUAUGCCUGUGGUAACUGGAAGAGGAAACAUGUAAUACCGGAAGACAAAUCUAGUUAUGGCAGUUUUACUCUCGUAAGCGAGGACGUACAGAUUAUUCUUAAAAAUUUAUUGGAAAUAACAAUAGACCCAUCCGAUCUGGAAUCUCUUCAAAAGGCAAAAAUCUUGUAUGCAUCAUGUUUAAAUGAAACAAGGUUAGAAGAAUAUGGUAUACAACCAUUAUUGGAUUUCUUACCGCGUGUUGGUGCCUGGCCAGUUAUCUCCCCCAAUUGGUCAGAUAAUGGCUACAGUCUGGAAAAUCUUCUGGUUGGUUUAGCCAAAUACAAUAACUUCCCCAUCAUUGACAUGGGGGUUUAUGCAGAUCAAAAGCAGUCAGAUGUAAAUAUUUUAUAUUUAGAUCAACCAGGAUUUGGAAUGCCGGGUCAGAAGUACUAUCUUAAAGGACGAAAUGAUACAAUGGUCAAGGCGUAUGAAGAUUUGGCAUCAAAAGUAGCCGUGCUGCUAGGUGCUAACGAGACGACAGCUAAGCAAGAUAUGAUGGAUAUGGUGGAUUUUGAAUGGAAACUUGCAAAUAUAAGCGUACCAUCAGAACAAAGAAGAGAUUCUGAGAAACUUUAUAACAAAAUGACUAUAGAGGAUUUUAUGAGCAACUACACACAUUUCGAUUGGUUAACCUACAUACAAGGAAUCAUGUCUCAACCUACCAUCAAUAUCAAUAUAACACAAGAUGAACCAGUCAUCAACUACUCGCCACCAUAUUUUGAUAAACUAUUUGCUGUACUGGGAGAAACAUCGCCCAGAACCGUGACAAAUUAUGCAAUAUGGAGAAUAGUUAAAAACAGAAUAACUUCCCUGACCAAACAGUUCAGAGAUUUAUUAUUACAGUACGGAAAAGUAUUAUCCGGUACAUCAUCUGUUCCAGCCAGAUGGAAGACAUGUGUAUCCUAUACUGGUAGAUCGUUAGGUAAAGCUGUUGGACGAGGUUUUAUCAAAGAGGCUUUUGAUGAAGAAGCUAAAGCAGACAUGUUGAUGAUGAUCAGUAAUCUACAAAAAUCAUUUAAUAAUUUACUGCAAACUAACGACUGGAUGGAUGAGACUACUAGAACAAGCGCCAAGGAAAAGUCUGAUGUUAUUGGAAAUAAAAUAGGUUACGAGGAGCGCAUUCUAAAUGAUACAUAUUUGAAUAGUUUAUAUGAGAAUUAUACGUAUAACGAAGAAGAAUAUUUCGGGAAUAUUGUCGGUAAUAUACAAGAAUCAGCAGCCUACAAUAAGAGGCAACUACGACUUCCGGUGGAUAAAACCAAAUGGCACAUCUCCCCUGCCACAGUUAACGCUUACUACUCGGGAAACAAUAAUGAGAUAGUGUUUCCGGCAGGAAUUCUACAGCCGCCAUUUUAUCACAAGAACUUUCCCCAAUCUAUCAACUAUGGGGGUAUUGGUGUUGUUAUAGGGCAUGAAAUAACGCAUGGUUUUGAUGAUCAAGGUCGACAGUAUGACAAAAGUGGUAAUUUACGACAAUGGUGGACAGAUGACGUCAUAACAAAGUUUAAGAACAAGGCCCAAUGCGUCAUUGAUCAAUAUGGCGGCUUUACUGUUCCAGAGGCCGGCAUCCAGAUAAAUGGUAUUAAUACCCAGGGUGAGAAUAUAGCAGAUAAUGGUGGAUUAAAACAAAGCUUUCAGGCAUAUCGUAAUUGGGUAAAACAGAGAGGAAAAGAAGAAAUGGUUUUACCGGGAUUAGAUUUUACGCCAAAUCAACUUUUCUUUAUCAAUUUUGCUCAGAUAUGGUGUAGCAACAUGAGAAAGGAGAGUGCUAUAAAUAGAAUUUUAACAGGUGUUCACAGUCCCAACAGAUUCAGAGUUAUAGGAACAUUACGAAAUUCUGUGGAGUUUGCUGAAGCUUUUAGUUGUCCGGCUAGCAGUUUCAUGAAUCCAGAGAAAAAAUGUAAAGUCUGGUGAAAUCACAAUUUCUAUCCUAACUACUCACCACGAUCUCCUUUAAAUAAAUAUAUAAUUUUGUAUUACUAUUUUGUCUCGGUAGAAGCUGACGUGCCACUAGGUGGAUUUCGUUCAGUUACUUAUUUUGUAUGUCCUUUUCAAGUUAUUGUUAGCAAUUGGCUUAGUUCAAAAUAAAAUAUCGAAUUGUGUUAUUCUGAUAAUAUAAUGUUAUAUAAUGCACUAAGAUGUAAUACUUUACAUGUACAAGUAAUAUGUAAUAGUACAUUUUGUAACAUUAUACUGUGGUGUAAUAGGGUAUAAUGUAAUAAAAGUUGCAUGUAAUAGUACAUUUUGCAACGUAAUGUUAUACAAUGGUAAGGCACUUUCUGUUUGGAAUUUAGAGGGGACCUUUUGCCCAUUUAACCACGCUUGAAUCAUAAGAACAACUCGACGCAGCAGCUUGGUACUGCUAGAUGUUGAAUGUAAUGUAAGUGGAAUUAAUAGUACAUUUUGUAACGUAAUACUGUAGCAUAAUAAUACAAUAUUACAUGAUGUAUUAAGAUGGUUAGAUCUAUUUGAUAAGGCCAACUACAAGUUUGGUCAAAGGUCAAUAGAUGUAAACAGGGCUAAUCCCUACCCCAACACUGGCCCUAAUGAUUAUCCUAACCCUAACCUACAAUCUCGUCAACAAUCACGUGCCCUAACCUUAGUUACAUCUCAACGACCUUGAGAUCGUUGAGCUGGCCUUAACCAAUAGAUUUAGUCGUAUUAAGAUGUAAUAUUUUGAGAUAAACACUUCCUGUUUCGAAAGAACCAUAACAACCCGACGCCACAAGUAAGUGGCAUUAAUAGUACAUUUUGUAGCGUAAUAAUAUAAUGUUAUAUACACUAACUAUUUCAAAUUCAUCAAUGUUUUAAUCAUUAGUACAACUCGACACAGCAUGUCAAUAGUAAUACUCUAAUAAUAUUAUGUUAUAUAAUGUCCUAAGAUGUAAUAAUGUAUAAGUGACAUGUAAUAGUACAUUUUGUAACGUAGCAUAAUAAUAUUUAUAUAAUACUAUGAUAAAUACUGAGUGAUAAUAUAUUUGUAACGUGAUUCAAAAUGUAAUUACAUGUAUGUAAUGUAAUAAUACAUUGUAUGGAGUUCAUAUAAUUUAACACAAAACUCAUUUUAUAAUGUAAAUACUCUUAUUGUAUUAUUAAAUAUAUUAUUUCAUA